CGACGAAAUUGGACCCAAGUACUGCGUGAAAGGGAAAGCAAGUUGAUACAAAGUUUGAAACAGGUGCAUGCUUGAUAGCCAGCGGGUCUAAACAGAUACUUUCGACGUACUAAAUCGAGUGAAUUCUGGUGCAAAAUCUGUUGGAAAGGAGCACAGCAAGAACUCACCCAAAGUUAGGACAAAAAGGACCUUAUUACUUAGCGGCCAGCAGAAACAAGCUUGGCGGAAAAUGGCAACUGUUGGCAAAUCAAGUUCCUCCUUGGAGCCAAGGUACACCGGUUUACCCCGGAGGUACGAGGAGACGAAACCUGCUCUGACGCAAGGAUUCACCCAUCACAGCAUUCUAGACAUUGGCCACAAACUGCAUUCGAAAGUCCAGCUGACAGCGGGGCAGCAGAGAGACCUGGCAGUGCAGGAGGCAGAGGCUCGGGUGUGGGAGGAGGCAGAGACAGUCAAACAGGAGGCCGUGGAGGCGGCGCUGCAACAUGCGCAGACGGAGAAGGAGCGAGAGAUUAAGAACAUCAGGAAACAGUACAAGAAGGAACUUAAGGAGGAAGGACUGAGGGUAGAAGGGGAGAUGAACAAAAGGAUGCUUCAGCAGCUGAAGAAAGAGCGACAGGAGGCGGAGGAGAAGUUACACGACAGUCUGAGGAAGGCGCAGGAGGAGUUUGCAGUACAGAAGGUCUCAGCAGUAAAGGCUGCUCAGGAUGAGGAACGGCAGGCAGCCGCAGCACAGGCAGACAGAGUCGCUCAAAUGAAAGCAGAUGAGGCUGUUGAGACAGCAAAAGCAGCAGAUGAAGACAAGAAGAAGGCUCUGUCCAACCAACACGACCAGUUUCAGAAGGACCUGGCUGCGGCCAUCGCAAGAACACGGGAAGAAGAGGAGAAGAAACAUGCUCGGCACUUAGCCAGCUUACAGGCUGAGCACGACCACGAGCUGGCACAGAUGCGGAAAGCGCUGAAGUCACGGGAGCUGGAGCUCAGGCAGAUCACAAAACAGCUGGACGACAUGACGUCACUGAAGACCAAGCUGGAGGGUGACCUGCUGGAGAUGAGACAGGAGUUCACCAGGUUUGCAGAGAGAUGUUCCGGCUUUCAGGAGGGACAAGCUGACUUCUUACUGGCGGGGAUAAAUUAAAGAUACUCAGAGAACAAAAGCAUCUACUGUAAAAAUUGCAAUUCCCGGGUAUUUCUGUCCAUUGUUUCAUUUCCCUUCAAACCAACAAUGUGGAAAAGGAUGAAGGAUUAAACAAAA